AUGGACACCAACGACGUCGUCAUCUCUGUCUCUCCGCCCCCGCACGCGUCUCCUAUCGACUCUUCCUCAUCCCUAUCUACCCUAUCUUCUUCACCAGUCUCUACUCUUUUCAUUGCACCCACUUUUGCCAUGUCUUCGCCUUCAACGGGCGCGUCAGAAGCAACACACCAUCACGACCGUAACUGUCCGAACCAUUCUUGUCUUUCUACUGACGCUCUUGCUUCCCCUCCAGAGCCACAGCCAAUGACGUUGGAUGAGCAACUUUUCUCGUGUGUGAAACACAACAAUUUGCCGCAGUUCGUGCAGCUCGUGGCUCAAUACGGCGACCAAGUCGCGCUUGAUGGACGUGAUGUUCAGGGCCAUACGAUCGCUCAUUGGGCAGCCCAGAGAGCUAGUGGAGCCUUUCUGCUGUAUUUGCACUCAGUCGGUGCUCCUAUUGACUGUCCAAGUGACGACGGUAGCGCUCAAUUGCAUCCAAUUCAUUGGGCCUGUGCAGCUGGCAACUUGGGUGCAUUAAAGGCACUGGUGCUGCAGCUUGGUGUUGAUAUUAACACAUGUGACGCACGGAAACAUCGCUCGCCACUGCUCGUGGCCGCACAGAACGGACACCCGUUGGUUGUGCUGUUCUGUGUGCGAAACGGAGCUGACGUGACACUAGUGGACGUGGAUGGAGAUACGGCUGUGCAUUGGGCGGCGUACAAAGGCGCGACAGAGAUUGUAGCAGUGUUUCAGCACCUUCAAGUCAAGUCUGAUGCACCCGACAAGUUUGGCCAGACGCCACUGCAUCUCGCAGCAAUGCGAGGAGAGUUACAGACGGUGCAGUUUCUUGUUGAGGUUUUGGAGGCAGAUGUUAAGGCACUGGAUGCAAAGGAACGAACGCCGAGGGACCUGGCGCAGCUGAAACACUUUCGUGAUGUUGCGCAGUAUUUGAAACAGCGAGAGCUGCGCGAUGCAGCGUGGAACAUUGCUGCCUUGACGUGGUGGUGUGAUUCCGGAAGCCGAGCGCCCUACCGCUUUACAGUACUUAAUGCGAUUGUUGUUUCGCUGGUGUAUCUCUUUUUUGUGCUGCCAGCCAUGCCAGACAGACGUAAUGUUAUGGUGCCGCAUUUGGUGUGGAAUGCAAUGACGUGGUACUUUUUCUAUCGAGCUGUAACCACCAGGCCAGGAAGUGCUCCUGCCGACGAUGAGAAGUAUGCGGUAGCGUACAAUGAGGUCACGGAAGCUCUCAUCUGUGGAAACGAUGACGAUGAUGAUGAAGAUAAACUUGAAGAAAGUGUCAGCGUCAGCGCUCGCGCUCAGCGUGAAUGUGUGGAUCGACCGCUGUGUCAUACGUGCCAUAUUCAGCGACCUUUGCGCUCAAAGCACUGCCGCGUUUGCAAGACUUGUGUUCCCGUCUUUGACCAUCACUGUCCUUUUGUAGACAAUUGCGUGGGACGCGAUAACUACGCAGCGUUCUUUUUGUUCGUUUCUUUCUUGUCUGUGGACCUGUUUGGAAUGGAGUAUGUGCUCUAUCUACUGUGGCUUUAUCAUCACGACAUGCGCGUCUUCGCAGUCUUGAGCAUGGUUUACCUCCUGCUUAUACUGCUUCCAGUGUCCCAGCUAAUGGGGCUCCACAUUUACCUCACAGUGCGCAAUCGUACCACGAACGAGUUGAUGAAUGCAGAUCGCUACCGUUUCCAGCGUGGUGGCCAAGGGCGUUCGUAUGACCGCGGCGUAUUUAAGAACGUGGGCGAGCGCUGCUUUGGGCUCGAGGGAGGAUAUAUUGAUGAUAAUGAUGACACCGAGGCGAAGGUCAAGUUGCUUGACAAGCAGCUCAGCUCUGUCAUCGUCUAG